GCUAAGCUUCUGAUCGAUCUCUCUAGAAACAAAAGCUCGCUACUUUCUGCCAAAACUCUCUGCUCAAUUUCAGCAAUCAUCAUCAUGUCAAGCAAACCUGAAUCUUCCGACUCGAAAUCGAAGAAGGACUUCAGCACAGCUAUCCUCGAGAGGAAGAAGUCUCCAAACCGACUUGUUGUCGACGAAGCCAUCAACGAUGACAACUCCGUCGUCUCUCUCCACCCCAACGCCAUGGAGAAGCUCCAACUCUUCCGUGGCGAUACAAUUCUCAUCAAGGGUAAGAAGAGGAAGGACACUAUAUGCAUCGCCCUUGCUGAUGACUCCUGCGAGGAGCCUAAGAUCAGAAUGAACAAGGUCGUGAGGUCCAACUUGAGGGUCAGACUCGGAGACGUCGUCUCCAUUCACCAAUGCCCUGACGUCAAAUACGGAACACGUGUCCACAUCUUGCCCGUUGAUGACACCGUCGAAGGAGUCACCGGAAACCUCUUCGACGCUUACCUCAAACCUUACUUCUUGGAGGCGUACCGUCCGGUGAGGAAGGGCGAUCUCUUCCUAGUCCGAGGAGGGAUGAGGAGCGUGGAGUUCAAAGUCAUCGAAACCGAUCCAGCAGAGUACUGUGUAGUCGCUCCAGACACUGAGAUAUUCUGCGAGGGCGAACCAAUCAAGAGGGAGGACGAGGAGAGGCUAGACGAAGUCGGUUACGACGACGUUGGCGGCGUCAGGAAACAGAUGGCUCAGAUAAGAGAGCUCGUUGAGCUUCCUUUAAGGCAUCCGCAGCUCUUCAAGUCGAUCGGCGUGAAGCCACCGAAAGGGAUCCUCCUCUACGGACCUCCUGGUUCAGGAAAGACUCUCAUCGCUCGCGCAGUGGCUAACGAAACGGGAGCGUUCUUCUUUUGUAUUAAUGGGCCUGAGAUCAUGUCCAAGAUGGCGGGCGAGAGCGAGAGUAAUCUGAGGAAGGCGUUUGAGGAGGCGGAGAAGAACGCUCCUUCGAUUAUAUUCAUCGAUGAGAUUGACUCCAUUGCGCCUAAGAGGGACAAGACUAACGGUGAGGUUGAACGGAGGAUCGUCUCUCAGUUGCUUACCCUUAUGGAUGGACUGAAGUCACGUGCGCAUGUUAUCGUCAUGGGAGCUACCAACCGUCCUAAUAGUAUUGAUCCGGCGUUGAGGAGGUUUGGGAGGUUCGACAGGGAGAUUGACAUCGGUGUUCCUGAUGAGAUUGGGCGUCUUGAGGUUCUUAGGAUCCACACCAAGAACAUGAAGCUAGCUGAAGAUGUUGAUCUUGAAAGAAUCUCCAAGGACACGCACGGAUACGUCGGCUCUGAUCUUGCGGCUCUGUGCACUGAAGCUGCUCUUCAGUGUAUCAGAGAGAAGAUGGAUGUGAUUGACUUGGAGGAUGAGUCUAUCGACGCGGAGAUUCUCAACUCCAUGGCGGUGUCUAAUGAACACUUCCACACCGCUCUUGGGAACAGCAACCCGUCUGCACUCCGUGAAACCGUCGUGGAGGUUCCAAACGUCUCCUGGGAGGAUAUUGGAGGGCUUGAGAAUGUUAAGAGAGAGCUGCAGGAGACUGUUCAGUACCCUGUGGAGCAUCCAGAGAAGUUUGAGAAGUUUGGGAUGUCUCCAUCGAAGGGAGUGCUCUUCUACGGUCCACCUGGAUGUGGGAAAACGCUCUUAGCGAAAGCCAUAGCGAACGAGUGUCAAGCGAACUUCAUCAGCGUCAAGGGACCUGAGCUUCUCACCAUGUGGUUUGGAGAGAGUGAAGCCAACGUCCGUGAGAUCUUCGACAAGGCGCGUCAGUCCGCUCCUUGCGUUCUCUUCUUCGACGAGCUGGACUCCAUCGCUACUCAGAGAGGAAGCAGCGUGGGGGACGCGGGAGGCGCGGCGGAUAGAGUUUUGAACCAGCUUUUGACGGAGAUGGAUGGGAUGAACGCCAAGAAGACUGUCUUCAUCAUUGGAGCGACGAACAGACCUGACAUUAUAGAUCCGGCUCUUCUCCGACCGGGAAGAUUGGACCAGCUCAUCUACAUUCCUCUCCCCGAUGAGGAUUCGCGUCUCAGCAUCUUCAAGGCGUGUUUGAGGAAGUCUCCCGUUGCUAAAGACGUUGACGUGAGGGCCCUCGCUAAGUACACUCAGGGGUUCAGCGGCGCUGACAUCACUGAGAUUUGCCAGAGGGCGUGCAAGUACGCUAUUAGAGAGAACAUCGAGAAGGAUAUCGAGAGGGAGCGUAGGAGGGGGGAGAAUCCGGAGGCUAUGGAGGAAGAUUUGGUGGAUGAUGAGGUGGCGGAGAUUAGAGCUGCUCAUUUCGAGGAGUCGAUGAAGUAUGCGAGGAGGAGUGUGAGUGAUGCUGAUAUUCGCAAGUACCAGGCUUUUGCUCAGACGCUGCAGCAGUCGAGAGGGAUUGGGAGUGAGUUCAGGUUUGAUCCAACCGCGGCUGCUGGACGUACUACUGGUGGUGCAGCUGCUGAUCCCUUUGCUACUUCAGGGGCUGCUGCAGAUGAUGAUGAUCUCUACAGUUAAGAUUAUGGUUCCUCAAUGUAGUUGUUUUUUUUCUUUCUAAGUUUAAAAGUUGCGUACUGAAUGAGUGAUGUCGAGAGUGAUACAGAGAACACUCCUUCGGGCUUGUUAUGUGAUAUUAUUGCGAUGUUAUUUCUCUUUCACGAUACUUUUUUUUUAUCAGCUUAUUUUGCUUCUCAA